AUGAAAUUACCUAUCAGCUUUUCAUCCUCGGAAGCACUGGAAGGAGGACAUAAUCACAAUGAUCCUCUUGUGGUCACGAUGUCCAUCGCACUCCCCAAAUGCGAGGGUGAGGAAGUAAAAAACAAAGUGCUACCAUGGGCAAUACCCAAAAUUCUAAUUGAUGGUUGCAACUAUGUGGAGAUAUUGUUUUACGAAACAUUCAAACAAAUGGGCCUCAAAGACGAGUGCCUCGUACCAUCUACAUACAACAUAUUUGGCUUUAACGGGUCGUCCACUCUCCCAAGAGGGGAGAUAACACUAGAGAUACGAGUGGGAAGAAUCCUUACCCUAACCACAUUAUGCGUGGUAGACGUGCUGUCACCCUACACAUCCAUUAUCGGACGAUCCUGGAUAUACAGAAUCAAAGGAGUGGCCUCCACAUACCAUCAAAGGCUAAGAUUCCCAACACCUGACGGAGUGGCAGAAAUCAUUGGAGACUCUGGCGAGGCAAAGUAUUGCUACAAGAUGGAUGUGCAAAACAGCGAGAACAAAAUGAAUUCCCCAAAGGCACAAGCAAGGAGAGCUAGAGGCAUCAAUAGCCCAGCCGAGACCCAUGACUACAUGGAAAUAAGCGAUGUACCAGCACACUCUCCUGACACCCAGCCUCGUGCAGCACCGUAG